GUUACGAGGGACCAGUGAGGGACAGAUAAAUAACAAAUAAUAACAAGUAUAUUAUAGUGAUUUACGUGUUUUUUUUUAAUGAGAGAUGAGUUCUAGUUUUGGUUUACUUGCUUUAGCAAUUCUGGGCCUAAUUGUCGCUGGAUAUAUCGCUCAAAGCCGACUACCACCGCCAAAACCAAAAAUCGUAGGUAUAGAUUUGGGGACAACAUACUCUUGUAUUGCUGCAUACGAAGCUAUAACUGGUAAUGUUUAUAUAUUUAAAGAUCAGCAUGGCAAAAAAACUAUGCCCAGCGUUGUUAGCUUUACGGAAAAAGGCGUGAAAAUUGGACAUGACGCCCUUGCAAUGGCAGAGACCUACCCAAAAUCGACUGUCUACGACGCCAAGAGAUUCAUAGGUCGAAACAUUAGUGACAAGGAAUUAGACAAAGUAGCCGGAUUAUAUCAAUUUAGGCUCGGUAAAAACGAGAAUGGGAGUGCAUUUUUUGAAAUUGAAGACAAGAAAGUUACACCUGAAGAAGUUGGAUCCUAUAUUAUUAAAGAACUUGUAAAUGAUGCUGAGAGAAAUAUAUCAAGAACCAUAACAAAAGCCGUUAUGUCAGUGCCGGCUGAAUUUGACAAAAAUCAAAGGAUGGCGACCAAGAAAGCUGCUCAGUUAGCUGGUAUUGAAGUUUUGAGAAUAAUAAAUGAGCCUACUGCUGCUGCAUUAGCUUAUGGCUUACAUGAACACAGCCACAUCAACAAUGUCAUAGUUGUUGACCUUGGUGGUGGCACCCUUGAUGUAUCACUUUUAAAUGUUCAAGGAGGUAUGUUUGUUACCAUGGCAAUGGCUGGUAAUAAUCGGUUGGGUGGACAAGAUUUUAACACCAGACUUUUACAAUACUUUUUGCAAACCAUUCAGAAUACAUUUGGCAAAAAACUUGACAACUUGGAAGAAAUUCAGAGGCUGCACCAAAUGGUUGAGUCUGUAAAAUUGAAUUUAACAACUGAUUUUCAUGUUACAGUCAACUUGCCUUUGCCCUCUUUAAAUAGAGCGAAAAUUUUGGCUGUUUUCAAAUUGAACAUAACACGUUCGACAUUUGAAAAACUGAAUGAGGAUCUUUUUCAGAAAGUUAUAGACCCAGUAAAAAAGGUUCUUGAAGUAACUGACUUGAAACAGAGUGAUAUUGAUGAAAUAGUUUUGGUGGGAGGAUCAACAAGGAUACCAAGAGUUAGGCACAUAAUAAAGGAAUAUUUCAAUGGUAAAGAACCAAACAUUUCCAUUGACCCUGAAUUAGCUGUUGCAACUGGUGUAGCAAUUCAAGCUGGUAUUUUAGGUGGGGCUUGGCCCUUGCAGGUUUCAGCAAUUGAAAUUCAUAAUGAAGAUUUGCGGAAAAUCAAUGUCUAG